CGUUUGUUUUUGUGUAUAUCUGCAUGUGUGUGUGUGUGUUUGUGCAAAACAGAGGGUAAUUCACGGUGCCAGACUCCCACCAAGCUGCGUCCAGGGGAUGAUGACGGCGAGCAGCAGCCAUGCUGUGUGGUCCAGUGGAGCGGGGCGGAGGAGUCGCUGUUCAGGGUCCUUCACGGCACAUAUUUCAACAACUUCUGCUCCAUCGCGCGUCUCAUCGGUACCAAGAACUGCAAGGAGGUGUACGAGUUCGCAGUGAAGGAGGUCCUGAUCCAUCGGGUUCCUUUAGAGGAUGGAGGCAUCUCACCCCAAAAGAAGAAAAGGAAACACAGGUUAUGGGCGAAGAUUCAGCUGAAGAAAGAUAACUCAUCCAAUCAGGUGUACAACUACCAACCAUGUGACCACCCCGACCAUCCAUGCGACAGCUCCUGCCCGUGUGUGAUGACCCAGAAUUUCUGCGAGAAGUUCUGUCAGUGUGAGCACGAGUGCCAGAACCGCUUCCCAGGCUGCAGGUGUAAGACUCAGUGUAACACCAAACAGUGUCCCUGCUACCUGGCUGUGAGGGAAUGCGACCCAGAUCUGUGCAUGACCUGCGGAGCUGCAGACCACUGGGACAGCAAAGUGGUCUCCUGCAAAAACUGCAGCAUCCAGAGAGGCCUGAAAAAGCACUUGCUGCUGGCUCCGUCAGACAUCGCCGGGUGGGGCACCUUCAUCAAAGAGCCUGUUCAGAAGAAUGAAUUCAUCUCAGAGUACUGCGGAGAGCUGAUCUCCCAGGACGAGGCAGACCGACGUGGCAGGAUCUACGACAAAUACAUGUCCAGCUUCCUUUUCAACUUAAACAAUGUAGACUUUGUUGUGGAUGCCACACGAAAGGGGAACAAAAUCCGCUUUGCAAAUCAUUCAGUUAAUCCCAACUGCUACGCAAAAGUGGUAAUGGUGAACGGAGACCAUCGCAUCGGGAUCUUUGCCAAACGAGCUAUCCUGCAAGGAGAGGAGCUUUUCUUUGACUACAGAUACAGCCAAGCCGAUGCCCUCAAGUAUGUGGGGAUAGAGAGGGAGGUGGACAUGACUUAGCUGCACCUGCUGCGUACAACCUCAACCUGUCCCCCUGUAGCUCCUCAGCCACCUAAUAACGCUUCUGUCCCUUUCUGCAGUGUCACGUCUGGCUGACGACUUUCUCCGAACACUCACUGUCUCACUCCUCUCUGCUGCACUUCCAAAAAUAGACAGUCCCUCGCUGAUGGUUUGCAGGUGCCGCUGCUCUGCAGACACCGCACCGCUGCCAUCAGGGACAGCUGUCGGCUCGCCCUCCUCCUCAUCUGUCCACACCAACCCGCAGGACUGUAUACGCCAAGCUUAUGAAACGAAACCAUUUAAAGUGGAAAUACUAUUAAACCACAUUGCACAUUUUCUUUUGUUACAUCUUGUCAAAGCAAAGAGGCAACAAUUACCCAUCAUGCAGCGUGUUAAUCUCUCUCAGCAGUUUUGUUACUGUACUUAUAGACGGGCUUUUGUUUGACUUCUCAACACGUAACGUAAGCUUUUACUUCGUACCCGAUGAUGAUCGGUGAAAUGCAUGUGCUGUCUCUUGGAUAAUCAAACCAUUAAACGUGUUAGCCACAGCCUUAGCUUCAGUCAGACACUCGGUAUCGUAGUGUGAUGUUACCCUCUUCAGAGGAACUUGACCGGGUGUGUUCCUCUGUGAACCCCGUCAGUGGCAGGCCUCUCCGCCACAUCUCUAUGGUAAAAUAAGUUAUUGUGCAUUUAUAUCAUUGUUCAGCAAAAAAAAAAAAUAGGCAACCAGACGAGAAACCGACUGACUGAAUGUAACCUGUGGACGAAGAGAUCUCAUCCCCUCUUUUCAUUUUUUACACGUCAACCCAUUCCAGAUUGGUACUCUGAGCGACGUACGCACACAUCAAACAUUUCGAAUCAUGUUUACAUGAUCUUGAAGCCGUCACACUUUGUGAGGCAAGUUAUUGACAAAUGAACGAGUCACAGAGUAAAUGUCUUCCUUUAAAAAUCGUAAAUAAGUGCCAAAUGUUUCUACGCAGAGAAAAGACUGAAACAGUGUGGAAGAGUAACUUCUGCAAGGUUUUAACAAUGGGAAAAACAAAAAGUUUGACCAAAUAUUUAAGUCCCCCACAUGUGAAUGUAAAAUAUCAUUUAUCAUCUUGUCUUUACUUUUUUUUAUACGUCCAGAUUUUUAUCCGCUCUGUUUUUCAUUUUUAAAACAUUAAUUCCCACUUUGAAAUGAGAUCUUACUCAACAGAGAUGAACAAAAUGGAGUUUACUGAUAUGUACAGUGUAUGCCUAUAAAAA